ACGAACGGCUUGGCCAGUGGACCGUGACAUGUCAGGCAGGAGGACGAAGGAGAUGAAGUGCGGAUGUAUUCUGUUCAAGCCAUGCAGCUGUGAUGUUCGACGAUUAUUUGAUGCUUAUAUAACUUGUAGCUCAAAGAAAACCUCCGAACACAAAGCAGACUCGUCACCCCACAGGUCGGCAAUACAAAAGGCUGGACUGGAGAAGAAAAGGGACACAAAUAAAAAAAGAAGAGUUGAACAUCUGCGAACAUCAGGGAAACUGCAGUGAAGCGUAGUGAAUUGUGUGGCAGGAACAAAACGCCAGGAGGAUACAGUGACCAGACAAUAGACAAAACAAUAAUCAGUUACAGAAGAACACAACCUGUGGAACAAGCGAUAAUGACCGCAAAACUCUAUACAAUUCCGCUCUUCGUGGCGAAGAUAUUGAUAUUGGUGACAAGAAAUUCCGAGGCCUUCCCAACUGGUGCCCCCGAUUACAACUGUCGUUCGAUGAGGCCUGGUCACACCACCUACCCCGUACCCAUCACGGAUAAAUUCCCCUUCAUCAUCAGCGCCAGCAGCAACUCAGUUCUGCCGGGAGAAGUGGUUGUCAUUUCAGUUACCGGUGAAGAGUUUCAAGGUUUUCUCGCCGUGUCCAGCAAGUUAGAUGGAAGUGUCUCAGAAAUCGUUCCUGGAAUGGUUCCUAUCGAGCAAGGCUCCUCCACCAAGACACUUAACUGCGUGGCUGCUAACAACCAACAUGUUCUGAUGAGUGGUGUGACACAAACUCGGAGACUGGGUACUAACAAGUUGACAUUCCAGUGGAUGGCUCCUACAACUGCCUUGCCCGGCUCCAUCUACCAGAUCAGGGUGGUUGUUGUCCAGUCCUUCAGCCUCUACUGGGAGCCAUAUGUCGUGAAUAUCGUUAUAAGAAGUUCGAACGAACCAGCAAAAGUCACAACCGUUUCACAGAUCCCAGCAAGCGCGGGUCUCACGACCAGUGAAGGGCUGACAGUACAAAGCACAGUAGAGGUCAGCACUACUUCAUCUUCCGCCCCUCAGCCCAGCACUACUUCAUCUUCCGCCCCUCAGCCCAGCAGCACUACUUCAUCUUCCACCCCUCAGCCCAGCACUACUUCUUCUUCCGCUUCUCAGCCAGACACUGCUGCGCCAUCUUCCUCGGCUCAGCCCAACAGGAUCCUCACACCCUCGUCUUCUCCUCGUCAUGCUGCUGGUGACGGAGAAAACAGAAUGCAAAGUCCAUUCCCAGCAUCCCCUACUGUACCUAGCGGCAGUAGAAGCAGCAGCCUCAACAGCAGUUCUCCUACCACUGCAUCCUUGGACUUACAAGUACGGCGUGGUAACAGACAAGAUCUUAACAAUAACGGUCGUUCUGGGAGACUGACUGGGUGGCUUAACUCUUUGUUCGGUUGGACAUAGACUGCUUUACUACCCUUGUUGUGGUUAGACACAAGACUGCUUCUCUUUGUUUUGAUUGAGUACAGAUUUCUUUUCUGCCUUGUUUUGGUCGAAUUCAGAAUGCUUUUCUGCCUUGUUAUGGUUGGACACAGACUGCUUUCUGCUUUGCUUUGGUUAGGAACAAAAUGCAUUACAACUCUGGUUUGAGCAGACGACACUGAAUGUGCUGCUUUGCUAUUCUAUCCUGCUUUGGCUCAUCAGAAUUUUUGCUUAGACCGGGUGACCGACACACACACACAGACACCGAGGGUUAGUCAAACUCAUGUUAACACUAACACGGACUGUGUAUUCAUCUAUUCCCGCGAAAUGCGUUUCCUGGUUUUAAAUGGUGCUGUUAGUCUCGGCGAGCCUAAACUAAGAAUGUGACUAAACCGGAAGCUUUGUAGUAGCAUGCCUCGCUUUAGUAGUUAAUUUUAAAUGUGAAUUAACCUGUAGCUUCGUAUUAUCAUUCCUCGCUUUAGUAGUUAACUGGAAAAAAUCGUCUGCCAGCAGUCCAGUAAUGCAAGUUCGUGAUAGUCUGAAGGACAUCAGCCAUUUCGGUUGCUCAUGUCUGAACCUUUUGGCUCGCUCUGGUUCACUACGAGCGCCAUCUGCGAUCUGAUUGGCUCGUGGGCACGCACAGUGCGUGACGUGCCGCGUGAACCUGAACAGUUAGUAGGUUAAUGUCCUUGCAAGUCUGUGCGUGACAAUCGUCGUGUUGGAUUACUAAUCCCGCCUACCCUACCCUCCCCACCCACCCACAUGUUCAGUCCAAGACAGUUCUGCAAUUUCCGCUUAGAAACUGGACGCUGUGUUGAGAUUCCUGCUUUUUAUUUUUCCUUCAUUUUAAAUUUUCUUGUAAAUUGAAGAUAUGGAUGUUGCUCUUUUACCAUGUUGUGUGUAAAACAGUUUAAUUUACUCUUUAUUUCGAACAGGUAACAAAUAUUUACUCAAAUAUCUGUAUACUGCAAUGACAGAACGAGUGUUCAAUAGAUGCUACUUAAGGUAAACGCGAAAAUGCUUUUGAAUUCAUUGUAAAAGUGUCAGUUAUAUAUUUUUAUGGAGUUCCUUAUGCAACGUUCAAGAACUGGCAUUUUGAAUUCUUUCCGUUCCAGUUUUUGUUUAUAUUUCUAUAGUACAAAAAGUAAUUUCUUGAUCUAAAAUGUUGCAGCUUUAAUUAAUUAUAGUUUUUUUUUGGUGUGUUGUCAAUACCAAGUUCAGGUCAGUGUUCUUUCCCCAGUAUUUCUUCUACAGAUUGCUCUGGCUACUCUCCCUUUGAUGGCUCACCUCCUCGCAAAGAAAUUUGGAUGAGUUACAAGAAAACAGCGAAGUCUUCGUGUGACUAAAUAUUUAAUUUUUUAAAUAACUAAAUGAGCAGUUGUAAUCUGCGAUUACGAAUCCGCUGUUUAUUAUCUUUGUACAAUAUUCUUACAAUGUCGAGAUUUCAGGCACACAGUACAGAAUCGCUGUCAAAUGAUAGAGUAUUAAAGGCCCAGUUCAAAAGCUCUACCAUA